UCAAGACUUUAAGUGCCUGAUGAAAUAAGUAUUCAGUCCAAAUUGAAGUUGUGCGAGAAACAUGAAGCGUCGAAUUCUGUUUAGUGUUGUUUCAGCAUUAUUAGUCUAUUACAUUUCAUUUCAACCAGUGAGCGGGAACGAUGGGUCUCCAUCAGCUGAAACGGAAACUGGAAUCUUGGAGCCAUUUUUGCGUAAAAUUGGCUGUGGCGGAAAAGAUAUUUUGGAGUUGACUCUCUUUGAAUUGGGACGAGUACAGCAGUUCUUUGAAAACAAAGUUCGUGAAGAAAAAAAGCGUACCCUCGAAGAGAAAAAGCAGCGUUUGUUCUACCAGUCCAAGAUAAAUAUAGCAGAUUGGGUCGAAUCGCUGUUUGUAAAGUGUUGGCCUGGUUGGGCUGGUGCUCGAAUUCCCAAACAAUAUCCCACAGAAUAUUGGACAAUCUUAUUACUGAACAUAGAAAACCAAAAAAUAUUGAAUUUAAAAAUGCAGCUGAAAAAACUCGAAAUAUCAAACGAAUUCUUCGUCAACACUGUGGAAUAUUUUCUAAAACUUGGAAACCUCCAAGCUGAUCUCCAAGCUUAUAAGUUAAUGACAAAUAAUGAGAAAAAAGAAGCGAUAAAACUUUUGAAUGAACAAUACCAGGAAGAUGGAAAACCAAAAGUGAUGAAAAUACUGAUGCUAGGACUAAACGAACAAUUUUCAACCACAAACGACGAAAAAGAAAUACGUGAAUUACAAACAAAUGUAAUGGCUGAUACAGAAAGUAUGCAUUCCGUUAGAGAACAACGAAAUUCACUUAGAGUUUUGUACUUUCCGAAAUGUAAAUCACCCUUAUGUAAGGAAGAUGCGGUAAAAUUGCAAUUAAGAAACGCAGCCAAUGCUUUCAAAAUGGCAAAUUAUGGCAACAACGAAGGAGUAAUAAAUCCACUCGCAGUGGUUGCAACCACCAACGGCACCUUUGUCCUGUUUGAGAGUUUCAAAGAUGCGUACUCCAUUUGGUGCACACGACACGAGAUGGAGUUUGCCAUUGAUGAAAUGGAUGGAAUAAGAAUUAUUGAUGCCAAUGAACUGGCUUUAUUCGAAGUAAAGGAAAAUGAACCUUCUCACCUCGUUGUAAAGGUUGAAAGUAAAUCAGGCAAAAACAAUGGGUCUCCAUCAGCUGAAACGGAAACUAGAAUCUUGGAGCCAUUCUUGCGUAAAAUUGGCUGCGGCGGAAAAACUCUUGAUAAGUUGACCCCCUUUCAAUUGAGACAAGUACAUGAGUUCUUUGAAAGCAAAGUUCGUGAAGAAAAAAAGCGUACCCUCGAAGAGAAAAAGCUGCGUUUGUUAUACCAGUCCACGAUAAAUAUAGCAGAGUGGGUCGAAUCGCUGUUUGCAGAGUGUUGGCCUAGUUGGGCUGGUGCUCGAAUUCCCAAACAUUAUCCCAAAGAAUAUUGGACAAUCUUAUUACUGAACAUAGAAAACCAAAAAAUAUUGAAUUUAAAAAUGCAGCUGAAAAAACUCGAAAUAUCAAACGAAUUCUUCUUCGAAACUGUGGAAGAUCUUCUAAAAUUUCGAUACCUCGGAGCUCAUCCGGAAAUGUUACUUGAUGAGGAAGAAGAAGCGAUAAAACUUUUGAAUGAAGAAUACCACGCAGAUGAAAAACCAAAAGUGAUAAAAAUACUGAUGCUAGGACUAAACGAACCACUUUUAACCACAAUGGACGAAAAAGAAAUAUGUGAAUUACAAACAAGUGUAAAGGCUGAUACAGAAAAACAACGAAAUUCACUUAGAGUUUUGUACUUUCCGAAAUGUAAAUCACCCUUAUGUGAGGAAGUUGCAGUAGAAUUGCAAUUAAAAAAUGCAGCCAAUGCUUACAAAAUGGCAAAUGAUGACAACAACGAAGAAGUAAUAAAUCCACUCGCAGUGGUUGCAACCACCAAUGGCACCUUUGUCCUGUUUGAGAGUUUCAAAGAUGCAUACUCCAUUUGGUGCACACGAAACAAGAUGCACUUUGCCAUAGGUGAAAUGGAUGGAAUAAGAAUUAUUGAUGCAAAUGAACUGUGUUUAUUCGAAGCAAAGGAAAAUGAACCUUCUUACCUCGUUGUGAAGGUCGAAAGUAAAUUAGGCAAAACAAUUGCUGAUACGUACGAUGUAAUCUCAAACAAAGACUUCAAUAAUCCGCCACUCGAGUCGUUAAUUCAAAGAUCUGCGGGGAGUCAAUCCGAGGAAAAUGGUAAAAUAUCGGUACUUUAUUGCUACGGCCAUGCAAUAAAAGCUUUAUCGACUUACGGGAAAUUAAAAAAAACAAUCGAUAAAUCCGCAAAUAAUGUUACCCUAACGUGCAUUCCAACAAAUCAAACCCUGAACAUGCGAAUUCUGAACGAUGAAGAAGUCACUAAGUUGAAGCAACAACAGUAGAAACGCAGUUUGAGCAGUGGAGGAUGUGAUAGCCCUGGCCCUGGACAUUUGAUCUCCUCGAAUAACAGUAGUAAUCCUAGUACCUACGCCAUUCAGUUCUCCUAGACAAGGAUCUUCUAAGUAGUUACGAUGAUAGUAAAAUCAUCUGUGAAUAGUAUACUAGUACAUAAUAUUAUAUUCAUACGCAUC